GGGGGAGGGGGGGGGGGGAGGAAUGCAAAGAACCCAGUAUCUUGGCAAAGCAGGCCAACUUACUGGGUUCUAAGGGCUUCUGAGGACCUGGCCAGGCAAAAUGGGAGGGAAAUGGGUGGGUGAUCUGUCCCCGUCCCCACACACACACAACACAGCCAGCCGAGGGUUAAGGAAACACUUUGGAACGCACCCAGUUCUUAUCUCCCUCUUGGCAGCGAUAGACACACCGUCUGCCAAGGGACUUUAUUUUCACAAACAGACAGAUAAGAUACGAACGUUCAAGAAAGUCCAAACAGAAAUAAUAUUCCUCCCAGCAGUUCCGGACGAGGCUUUAGUGACUGUCCAAGGUUUACUUUGUUCGUCACAAAAGAUCCUUGACCACUACCCUCUAUUAUAUAGUCUCUGGGGUGUGGUCCAGUGACUCAGUUCUAAUCCCUAGCACGCCUCCCAAGCUGCUGCAAACGUUUAUCACGCCUUCGGAGGCGUGCGUCCAGGAAUGAUGUUUCAUUAUCACUUUGAUUCGAAUCAGCUGUCUCUUCUCCCUCUUCUCCCUCUUCUCCCUCGGCCGACAAUGCCAGAGGGGAGGGGCCUGGAGAGGGAGGCCUGGCUGACUCCUCUUCCUCAUGCUCGGAGCUUUCUUCCUCCGAUGGGACAGGCUCAGAGGGCGGGGCCACAACAGUGGGUGUGCUGCAAAGUCUCUGCAGUCAGUCAUAAGGGCGAAUGAUUGUGGGGGCGCUGCAAAAUUUGUAACUUUGAAACAGAUUUGUAUUUAGCUUUUGGGGUAUGCAUUGUAAUUUCAAACAUUUGUUGAAUGGCCUGUCAUACCUCAAGGAUUACCUGUAUCUUGAACCAUCUUGUUUCCCCAGCAGCUUUAGCUGUAUUUUAUCUGCUACUCUGACCUCUCCCCUGCAUUUCUUCUGUAGCCUUUCACCUGAAUUUAAAGUAGUAUCUGUUGGCACAUUAAAUCUGGGAGGCAGUUCCUUACCGCAAUUGUCCCCUCUUGCACUGCUAUUUUGUAAGUUUAUAUUAUACACUUAAAGUAAUAAAAUGAACUAUUUUUUGACUUUGGAUGUCUCUUUACACUAGCUGACAGCUGUACUAAAUCAGUGUUUUCUUUGCCUGGAGGUACAAGCUAUUUAAAUAAUAAUAACUGUUUGCUCAUAGAAAUAACAGAAAUAAUUUUAUGUUAGACUUUUGCAUGCAUACAGGACAGUAUUUCAGUUCACUUUGUGGCAGCCUUAGAUAUUAUUUUGGUGCCCAGAAUUUUGUUUGUCAUUUUAUCAACAUAAAUGAUUAUCAACUAAAGUUGAAGGCAAUCGAUUGAGAAAUGUACAACUUGCUUAUUUAAUUAUGAUAGUAUAGAUAGACCUCAAGUUAUAACCAUUUGUUUAGUAACCGUUCAAUGUAACAAUGGCACUGAAGAUGACUUAUGACCAGUUUUCACAGGUAUGUCCGUUGGAGCAUCCCCAUGGUCACAUGAUCAAAAUUUAGACACUUGGCAACAACUGGCAUAUAUUCAUGACAGUUGCAAUGUCCUGGGGUCAUGUGAUCACCAUUUGUAAUCUUCCCAAUUGGCUUCCAGCAAACAAAGUCCGUAUGGGAAGCCAGAUUCACUUAACAACUGCAGUGAUUUGCUUAACUGUGGCAAAGAGGUAAUACAAUGGUGCAUAACUCAUUUAACAACUGCCUAGAAACAGAAAUUUUGGGUUCAAUUGUGGCCAUAAAUUGCUAAAUACAUAGUUGAGAGGCUGAUGGCAAUAUUAAUGUUAUGGUUAUUAUUUUUGCCUCCUUCAAGUAGGCAUAAAUAAUAAAUUAUUGUUACUGCAGUAGGUGGUUAUCCAGAAAUCUUGUGUUGGAACAUACAGAAAAUACAAUAUUAAGAUGAUCAGCAUUAGAAGAGGAAAUGCUAGGGUUUUAAUUUGGAUGUAUUAUAAAAUGUUUUAGGAAGAUUUGACUUAGAAGGAUGGCAUGUUCUUUCAAAAAUAAAAUAUUAAGCACAUUAAAUAAAAGGAAGAACAUUAUAAUUUUGUAUAUAUAUGCCUAUAUGAAUGCCAAAACUAUACCAACUCCUAAAUACUAAACAUGGGAAAUUUUUUGUUUGUUUUUCAGUUCAAGCCACUUUUGUGAACAAGGAAGGGUUUUUUCCAGGAUUUAGUCUGGAAAAAGAGCACACCUCCAGGUGCUCUUUGCUUUACAGGGCAAUACAGGAAAAUACAGACUUAAUAUUAGAACUCGGAUGUGGAAGAGGCGAGGGUCCAAAAAACCCCCUACCAUUCAUGGAUAGAAAUGUUUAGACUGAUUCUAGUCAGGACAAAAUAGGAAGAUACCCUGAUUAAAGGUGGCCAGGAAUUUAGGAACCCCCAGGACUGAAACUUGAUGCUACAAAAAAUUACAAAAGCCUAGUUAGAUCAGCUUGUAUAUUGUUACCUGUACUGAGUAUACUAUUGGCUGUCAUGAUAAGAGCAGGGAGGGACUUACUCUGUAAGUAGCCUUGGGAUGUCUUUUAAAAAGCUGGGGAGGCAGUUAGUUCGAAGUUUAGUUGGACUGUUCAACCAAAUUGGAAAAUGUUCCGGCUUUUCAGACACGCUAAGCAGUUGUGCUGCUUUCAGAUGAAACGAACAUUGCAGAAAACACUUUGGCCUCUCACUUUUUCAGCACUGGUGAAACAGAACAGUUUCUCCACAGAUUCUAUACAAUCAUCCCAAACAACCUCUCCAUGGCCUAAGGAUGUGGGUAUCCUUGCUCUGGAGGUAUAUUUCCCAUUCCAAUAUGUAGAACAAAGUGAGCUAGAGAAAUAUGAUGGGGUAGAAUCUGGGAAAUACACCAUAGGCCUAGGCCAGAAGCAGAUGGGUUUCUGUGCUGCACACGAAGACAUCAAUUCCUUGUGCCUGACUGUGGUACAACAUCUGGUAGAGCGAAACAAUCUCUGCUGGGAUUCUAUUGGCCGCCUGGAAGUUGGAACAGAAACUAUUAUUGACAAAUCCAAAGCUGUUAAGACUGUUCUGAUGCAGCUCUUUCAGGAUUCAGGGAACACAGACAUUGAGGGCAUUGACACAACCAAUGCUUGCUAUGGAGGUACAGCUUCUCUAUUCAACUCUGCUGAUUGGGUGGAAUCCAGCUCCUGGGAUGGACGCUAUGCCUUAGUGGUUUGUGGUGAUAUUGCUGUGUAUGCUACUGGAAAUGCAAGACCAACAGGUGGAGCUGGAGCUGUAGCUAUGCUGGUUGGACCAAAUGCUCCUCUGACUUUAGAGAGAGGUCUCCGAGGAACCCAUAUGGAGCAUGUCUAUGACUUCUAUAAGCCAGACCUGGCUUCAGAGUAUCCUAUGGUAGAUGGACAGCUUUCCAUUCAGUGCUAUUUCCAGGCUCUUGAUCAGUGCUAUGCCACAUAUCGAAAGAAAAUUGAAAGUCAAUGGCAGAAAGCUGGGAUAAGCAAACUCUGUACUCUGGAAGAUUUCCAGUUCAUGAUCUUCCACACACCAUUCUGUAAGCUGGUGCAGAAGUCUUUUGCACGGAUCUUGUUGAAUGACUUCCUUGCAUCCCACAAACCAGACACAGGCAGUGGAAUCUACAAAGGGCUCAAGGAUUUCAGUAAUGUGAAAUUGGAAGAAACCUAUUCCAGUAGGGAGGUGGACAAAGCUUUUCAGAAGGCCAGCCAGGAGCUGUUCAAGCAGAAAACGCAGCCCUCACUUUUCCUUUCUGCCCGCAAUGGCAACAUGUAUACUCCAUCAGUCUAUGGCUGCCUGGCAUCUCUCUUGGCCCAGUAUUCUGCCAAGCAGCUGGCUGGAUCCAGAAUUGGGGUUUUCUCCUAUGGCUCAGGAUUGGCUGCCAGCAUGUUUUCCCUGAAAGUAUCCCAGAACUCUGCUCCAGGCUCUCCCCUGGAGAAACUGGUAUCCAGUCUUUCAGAUUUAGAGACUCGCUUAGGCUCCCGGAAAUGUGUUUCUCCUGAAAAGUUCAAUGAGAUCCUGAAAGUCAGGGAGGAUACUCAUAAUUCAGUUGAUCACAUUCCCCAUGGAUCCAAGGAUGACCUGUUCCCAGGAACCUGGUACUUGGAGCAAGUGGAUGAGAAAAACCGCAGGAAAUAUGCACGAAAACUAGUUUAGGAAUAUAGUUAUCAUUAAUGAGUUUUUUUUCUGGUAAGUCAGAACCCUAGAUAUAAGAACUCUUCAUAGAAAGGAGAUGUGCAGAUGGAAGGCUCGGUUACCAUUUAUUAGGCAAAAAGGAAAAAGGAAAAUACUUAUGGAAAUAAGAAUUUUGUUAGUUUGGUAACUGCCUGUCUACCUAUCCUGCUGUGCAGAAACAUUUAAAAUAAAGCACAUAAUUAUUAGACUUUUAUAGCUGGAAGAGGAAUAUGCCAAUACUGUUCUUUCAAGCUGUUAUAUGUGUGUGUUGUUCAGUUGGGCAGCAAAAUAGGCUGAUAAACAAAGGUUGAAUGGUUCGUUAUUCAUAGAUAUGUGCAAUAAAGAAUAAUAUCAAAUCAGAAAA